AAUAGUAGUAAUAGAAGUAUAGAUAUUGUUUUUUUUUUAGUUUGGAGAAAUACAUAUUUAUUAAAACUAGUACACCACCACCAAAGAUUAUAUAUUAAAUAUGAAUAUGGUGUUUUCAAUAAUAUAAAAGAAUUAAAUGAAUACAGGUUUAAAGAUUAUUUAAAAAAAAUUACUCUACAGGGUAAAAUAGAAAUUGUCAGAGAGGAAGGAUACACAAUACCACCACGGAUAAAUACAUUAGAAAUCGAUUCGGAUUCACCAAUUAUGGCCAAUAAUAUUCCAGAUAGCAUAGAUACAUUACAUUUUGGAAUGGGAUUCAAUAAACCUUUGUAUGCUCUUAGCACCAACCUUUCUUUAACCAGCUUAUCACUUGGACACUACUUCAAUACAGAGAUUUUACCAGGAGAUUUACCAGUAUCUUUAAAGACUCUUAUAUUCGAUGGAUGUACAUUUGGUAGAAAACUAAGAGCUCAUAUAUCAUUUAGUAAUUGGCAAUUUUACGGAUCUAGUUAUAAUAAACCUUUUCAAAAAGGGGCGUUACCACCAUCUUUAACACACUUAGAGCUUUCCGAAGACUACAACCAUCCUUUUAAAGAGGGUGAUUUACCACCAGGUUUGUUAGUUCUCGCUUUUGGGAAAUUUGACCAACCUAUAAAAUUGAAUCAAUUACCUAAUAGCCUUCAAUACUUAAAGUUUGGCCCUUUAUGGAAUCAUCCUUUAUCAUACUAUAAUCUACUUUCAAUGUCAAAAAAAUCAAUAUUACCAAAUUCACUGACGCACUUGGAUCUCUCUUAUUGCAAGUUCGAUCAGGUUUUAUCCAAUGGGGAUAUACCAAGCACACUUAAAUGUUUAAAACUACCAAAAAAUUACAACAAACCACUAUUA